AUGACUGAUGAGGAGAAAAGUGCGGUAAUGAGUAUAUUUGCAAACUUCAACGUAACGCUGAAAGAAGCUUGGCUGAACGAAGUCUUAGAAUAUCUUCACGAAAAACGAGCUGAUGCAGAUACAUCUACGAUUACUCAACUUGUUUAUGAACAAUGGCUAUAUUCUGAACUAUCUAAAAGCACUCGUCCAACAAUACGUCUUCCACCGUUUGCAAAGAAAGCAUCAUUAAAAACAGACGUCGUUGUUCAAAUAAACUGGAUAGUGGAUAUACAUACUUCGAUGUAUUCGAAAUUACGUGAACAUACGGGUCGUGGUAUUGAUAGUACUCUUUUCCAGUCAGAAGUAAACGACAACUCAUGGGAUGCGGAAUCAGAGGGUCAGAUGUUCUUAAUGGAAAUAACUGAUGGCCAACGAAAACUGCGUGCUAUAGAAUAUCAGAAAAUUGACGGAUUAUGUACAAUGUUACUGCCAGGAACAAAAUUGUUCAUCAGUGGUGAUACCAUUUGUCGCAACAGUGUUCUUUUGCUAACGCCAAAAAAUGCCGUAUUAUUGGGUGGUGAAAGUGAAAUGUGCCAAAAGAAUGCACCUGUUGUUAUUUUCGCUAGGCGAUUAGGAAUUAAUGAAAGAAAACUUGAGAUAGUUGAAUGUAAAACGAACAGCAUAGCAGAUGGAAUGGAAAUGAAGAAGAUAAAUUCUAUACAAUCGUUUGCUUCCAAUGCACCUGGAAAUUCAGCACCACAGCGAGUUAUUGAUAUUCGGAAUGAGGAAUCAACAAAGAGACGAAAUAUUGAGAGAAAAAACCAAAAAAAGCCGGUUCUGUCACGCACAAUAACUUCUUAUUUUCAACAGCAAAGAAGGGGUUUCCAUUCUAAAAUGGAAUCUUAUAAUGAAUCGAAAUCUUUCAUCCAUUCAACUGACCAAAACAUCAAAGCGCAAAAUGACGUGAACUAUCCACUUCAGUGCGAAGAGGAAAAUGCUAAAUUCCUAUCAUCUUCAAUAAUUUCGAAUUCCGCCAUUGAUUCCAGUUCUUCCCAUUUUCCUAGUGCACUAGCUCAUAUUUCAGAAUUAGAACAAGAAUCAUCUCUUACAUCUCACAAAAGAUUAUCAACCUCAGAAAUAUUACAAUCACAAAUAUGCAACAUGAAAAAAACAAAUGACUAUUCGCAUUUAGAAUCUAAAUCUCAGAAACUGGUAGAAAAAUCAACAAAUUCUACUAAGAAAUGCCCUUCCUCUAAUAUUGCAAACUUCUUUGUCUCCAAAAAGUGUGUCGAAAUCGAAGCAUCUCAACCUUUAAUUUCUGCACGAUUAUUGGCAAAAAAUUUGGAAAUAACCCAAUCCUCAGAAAUUAUGAGUACAUCUAAAGAAGAUGCAACUGCACCGCCUAAUAUUGUGUUACUUAGUGGCGAAAGCAAGCGAGCAGAAUUACCAUCAGCGUCAAAAGUUCCUAUUUGGUCCGUAGAAGUACAGAAACCACUUGCUGCUGAGAGUAUUCGUUCUGCAACAAUCAUUCCGUCUUCUGAUAUGCAAGAAGCGCACACAGUGGAAACAGCAAAGUGUACUGAACGGGCACACAUUGCUGCAGAAGAGGGAAUGAUGGGUUCCCAAUAUAAUUGGAAAAAACGACUUAGUGAAAUAGCUUUUGUAUUAGUAUUUAGUAUGAAAAGAAUUCGGGAUGAGUGUGGGGACUCCGUGGCGCAACGGUAG